AUCUUGAAUUUGAAACUCAUGUAAAGAAAAUGUACAUUUUCUCGUAUUUUCGUUUUCUGCUCGAUCAUAUGCCAUCUCUAAGCGUUUGCAGCAAGCUGAUUUUGCUGUCACUUAACGCCUCAUUGACUCUUGUGAGAGUUGUUGUUGUUGAAAAGACUCAUUAAACUACUAAGCGUUGCAGUAAUUGAGGAAGGUUGAUUGAAACCGACGAUUUCAGUAAGGCUUGGACGUGUCAGUCGGCAUCGUGAACUUGUUUUUCUCAACUUGUGAAUCGGUUGGUUUCACUCAUAGCCGUUGUAGCAAGUGUCUCGGUCUACUGCUCUUGGGCUUUUACAUUCACUCUAAUGAGCUUUAAGUCAGAGUGGACAUCAGAGAUGACCUCUUUGGCUGCUGAGUCCUGCGGGGCCGAGGUGAAUCCUGUUGAUUUCAUCCAGCUGCAGCAGUACAUGGAGUACAGCAGCAUGAGGGUGAAAGAUGUUGUGAAGGAAUUCAAUGCAGGAGGAAAGCUGGUCCAGCAUAAGUCUGGAGACCAUGUCGACAGGACUGGUUUCUCUCUCUUCCUAAAGAGCUACCUGGAAGCAGACAACCUACCCACCGAGCUCUGUCAACAUCUCUUUCAGUAUUUCCAGGACUCUGAGCUGUGCAAAGGAAAGCCUAGAGACGAUUAUGUUUGUCUUAAGGCAAUGUCUUGCUACUUCUCUGUGUUGGAAGAGGGCAAGCCGAGGGAUAAACUGGAAUUUACCUUCAAACUAUAUGACAAAGAUGGCAAUGGCUAUCUGGAUAAAUCAGAAGUGGACGCUAUAAUAACCCAGAUGAUGCGUGCAGCAGAUUACCUGGGUUGGGAAGUGACAGAGCUUAGACCGGUUCUAGAGGACACAAUGACAGCCAUAGAUGCGGACAGCAGCGGGACAGUGACCCAACAGGAGUGGAUUCUGGGAGGGAUGAACAACGUUCCUCUCCAAGUGCUGCUUGGUCUAAAGAUCGCGGAGCAGGACAGCCAGCACACAUGGAGGAUGAAGAACUUCACCAAGCCCACCUACUGCUGUGUGUGUGAUGGAAUGCUGAUGGGCCUCCGCAAACAGGGCCUCUGCUGCAGUGUUUGCAAGUACACAGUCCACAGUCGCUGUGCCAACAAGAGCACUGCCCCCUGUGUGCGCACCCACGUCAAGAGCAAGGCUGAGAUCGGGGUCCCCGCUCAUGACUGGAUCAGGACAGAGAGUGACUCUAGUAAAUGUGACUUUUGCCAAAAGAAGAUUAAAACUCUGGCAGGGAAACGCUGUGCGUGGUGCCACCUCAUACGACAUGAUGAGUGUGCGGUUCAGGGUUCCUCUGAGUGUGACUGUGGACCUCUGAGAGACCAUAUCCUGCCCCCAUGGUGCAUCAGCCCCCUUCUCAAGGAGGAUGAGGGCUACAGCUCAUGUGGGGAGAGCGUUCUGAUGAAUAUGACAUCAGAAGGAACCCAAUUACACAUCACUCCUCCACCACAAACUCAUCCUCUCCUAGUUUUCGUUAAUCCAAAAAGUGGAGGGAAACAGGGAGAGAGGGUCAUGAGGAAGUUGCAGUACCUCUUGAAUCCACGACAAGUCUUCAACCUCAACAAUGGAGGCCCAAGCCCUGGGCUUCACUUCUUCCGAAACGUUCAGCAGUACCGAGUCUUGGUGUGUGGUGGUGAUGGCACAGUUGGCUGGAUCCUAGACGCUAUUGACAAAGCCGACCUUCCAGUGUGCCCCCCAGUGGCGGUGCUGCCCCUUGGCACAGGCAAUGACCUCGCUCGCUGUCUGCGCUGGGGAGGAGGAUAUGAAGGGUCAGACCUCAGUGAUAUCCUAAAGGAGGUGGAAGGGGGGGUUGGGCUUCCCAUGGACCGUUGGAGUGUACAGGUCAUCCCCGACAACCCUGAGGAGGAAGGAGACCCCGUGCCCUACGAGAUUAUCAACAACUACUUCUCUAUUGGGGUGGAUGCAUCCAUUGCCCAUCGAUUCCACGCGUUGAGGGAGAAGAACCCACAGAAGUUCAAUAGCAGAGCAAAAAACAAGCUGUAUUAUUUCGAACUGGCCACAUCUGAGACCAUCUCUGCCUCUUGCAAGAAACUGUCGGAUUGUCUCUCUAUUGAGUGCUGUGGGGUUCCACUGGACCUGAGUAGUCUGGACCUACAGGGUGUUGCUGUUCUAAACAUUCCCAGCAUGCACGGUGGCUCUAACCUGUGGGGGGAAUCACGGAAGGACGAGGCAGAGAGCGACACAAACGUUCCCGAAGUCAUUACAGAUCAUGACACUCUGAAGAGUAGCUCACAAGAUUUGAGUGAUAAACGCCUGGAGGUGGUUGGGCUGGAGGGAGCUCUGGAGAUGGGUCAGAUCUAUUCGGGCCUGAAGAGCAUGGGCCGCAGACUGGCCCAGACGGCCCACCUCACAAUCAGGACAUUGAAAGCUCUGCCCAUGCAGAUAGACGGAGAGCCAUGGAUGCAGCCACCAAGUACAAUUCACAUCAGCCACAAGAACCAAGCAAACAUGCUGAUGGCGGCUCCUGUGAAAUCAUCUGGCUUCUUCCACCACAAAUAAAGAAGAAACUUGAGUGCCCUGUGAAGUCUAUUACCUGAUCUUGCUUUUUCUGCUUCGACCCCCCCACCCCCCCAACCACCGACCCUGUCUAUCUGUCUAUCUGUCUGUCCGUCUGUCCGUCUGUCCGUCUGUCUGUUUGUCUGUCUGUCUGUCUGUCUGUCUGUCUGUCUGUCUGUCCAAACGACUUUCAUGCUUCUUUUCUCGAAAAGGAAGUAUCACAUCAUCAACCACAAUUUCCUUGUUCUCUUAAUAACCACUGAGAAAUUGAUUUGACUUGAAACAUGCGCAAAUGUCACUCCUCAACAGGCAUUUUCCAAGCACGGUUAAUUUCAAUGUACUUUUCAAUUCAAUUUUCAACAGGUGUUAUAUUAUACCAUUUGGUGUUAAAGAGGGAGAAAUAUCCUAUUUCAGUUCUUCAGAUGGAUUGCAUUUAACAUUUUGUGGCUUACUUGUUGGCACAUAUAAUUUUAGCUUGAAGGGGAGGGGACAAAUUCUCUCUGUGGUAAGUCUAGGACUAGCACUAAAACAUAUGAGGCCACUCUGAUGGCUUAAGACUCCAUUAUCGCUCUAAUUUUUUGUAUUAUCCGUUGGCAACAAACAAAUGUUUAAAUUUUUACUAAUUCUGGCAUGCUUUUCCCCAAUAUGGUCAGAAAGUAUUUAUUAACAUAGUCACAUUGUGAACAUGAUGUAUAGGUUUGCUGUUUGUAUUUGCACAGAGACAUGUUUAUUCUGUUUUAACCUGUGUAGUCUGUCCUACUAAUCUUCAGGUUGGGAAUGUGUUCAACAUUCAUAAUAAACUGAUACUGAAGUGGUUUUGAUAACUAUA